AAAAGUGAAGAAUCCUCGAUUUCUACUAAAAACGGAGUUAAAACCGUUAACAGGUUUAACAGGAUUAUAAUCCCGGCACCUGUGAAGUACCAAAAAUUAGCUGAUGUGAUGUCUACUUUUAUAAAACGAAACCUGAAGAAUAAAGGCGCCCGCAAGCGCAAACAAUCGUCCAGUGAUUCAGAUGAAACAGCCGAAAAUGAGUCCACGGUGGUGGUGACGAACGAAAAACGCAAGAAAUCGAACCCCAACAUACAGAGCACCUCAGCCCUACGGCGAAAGGCGGGAGUUUCCGCAGCGGAUGCCGAUGCCUCCAACUCGAGCGCGGACGACGACGAGAGCCUGGGGGUUAGCUACAAAUCGAAACGAACGGCACAAUCGGAAGGUCCGCGGGACCAAGGGGCGACGGCAGAGCUGGAAAUCGAAACCGACAAGAACCACGAUGCGCAGGCCAUCCGCCAGAAACGUAUCGACAUCAACAAGGAGCAGGAGGGCAAGCAGGACGAUAAGGUUUAUCGUGGAACGAACUACUACACACAGUUUUUCAAGAAGAAAGACAGCGCUCAAGGAAACGCAGCUUCAGGGAUGGUGAGCAAAGGACCGAUAAGGGCACCGACCAACAUCCGCUCGACCGUACGCUGGGACUAUCAGCCGGACAUCUGUAAGGACUACAAGGAAACGGGCUACUGUGGGUUCGGUGAUAGCUGCAAGUUCUUGCACGACCGAAGCGACUACAAGCACGGAUGGCAGAUGGAGCAGGAGGGCUCCGGCACGGGCGGUAAUUAUGCGGCCGAUGACUCGGAUGGUGAUGAUACCAAGUACGAGAUUCACUCGGACGAUGAAGAGCUACCAUUCAAAUGUUUUAUAUGCCGCGAAAGUUUCGUCGAUCCGAUCGUUACCAAAUGCAAACACUACUUCUGCGAGAAAUGCGCGCUGGCACAGUUCAAAAAGUCAUCCCGUUGUGCAAUCUGCGGGGUGCAGACGAACGGAAUGUUCAACCCGGCGAAGGAACUCGCUGCAAGACUGAAAUCGAAAGAACUAGAGCAUGGUUCAGACAGUGACUGAACGAUCCAUUAAAUAAAUGAUUCACGUAACUAU